AGCCCCAGAGUGCACUGCGGGCACGUGCGCGCGCGCCCGCCACUCCACUGCCGAGCGACCGCGGGAAAAUUCCAAAAAAGUCAAAAUAAAACAAAAAACCAGUACGAGGCAAAGCCAAUUUUCAAGCCACAGAACCCGGGUGGUGGCGUCCUUUCCACCACUGCCCAAACUGCUGAAGCAGCUCUGGCGUGGACCACCCGAUUAGCUGUGUGCUUACUGUUUCCUUCAGUGCUUGGCGGGCCCGGGAAGAUACAUCACCUUCCCCCUUUGCUGAAAUGGCUCAGGAUGCAGUGGGCCUGCCUUCUGACUAUCAGUUUUGGAUGUGGAAGCUUUCUGUGUGGGGCCAGGCCUCCACUUCGGAAACUCAGCAAGACACCUGCCGUCACCUGCCUCAGUUUCAGGAGUUCCUGCGGCAGAUGUACGAAGCUCUGAAAGAGAUGGAUUCAAGUACAGUCAUUGAAAGAUUCCCCACAAUUGGUCAACUGUUGGCAAAAGCUUGCCUGAAUCCUUUUAUCUUAGCAUAUGAUGAAAGCCAAAAAAUUUUAAUAUGGUGCUUAUGUUGUCUGAUUAACAAAGAACCACAGAAUUCUGGAGAAUCGAAACUUAACUCCUGGAUACGGGAGAUGUUAUCUCACAUACUUUCAUCAUUCAGAUUUGAUAUGAAAGAAGUUGGUCUUUUUACUCACUGUCUUGGGUAUGCACCUGCAGAUUAUUAUCCUGGUUUGCUUAAAAAUAUGGUUUUAUCAUUAGUGUCUGAACUCAGAGAGAAUCAUCUUAAUGGAUUUAACACUCAAAGGCGAAUGGUUCCUGAACGCGUAAGGUCCCUAUCACGAGUUUGUGCCCCUCUUAUUACUCUGCCAGAUUUCAAACCUCUGGUGGAAGCUCUGCUCACCUACCAUGGACGUGAACCUCAGGAAAUGCUCUGGCCGGAGUUCUUUGAUGCUGUGAAUGACGCCUUUUUGCUGAAGAAGAUUUCUCUCCCCAAGUCAGCGAUAGUCUGCCUCUGGCUUCGACACCUUCCCAGCCUUGAAAAAGCAGUGCUGCAUCUUUUUGAAAAACUAAUCUCCAGUGAGAGAAAUUCUCUGAGAAGGAUCGAAUGCUUUAUGAAAGAUUCAUUGCUGCCUGAAGCAGCCUGCCACCCUGCCAUAUUCAGAAUGGUUGAUGAAAUGUUCAGGUAUGCACUCCUGGAAACCGAUGGAGCCCCAGAAGUACUAGCCGCCAUUCAAGUGUUUACAUGGUGCUUUGUAGAAGCUCUGGAAAAAGAAGACACACAGCUGAAGUUCACACUCAAGACCUACUUUCCUUAUGCUUCUCCCUCUCUUGUCAUGGUGCUACUCCAACACCCGAAAGGUAUUCCCCAGGGGCUGUGGCACCAGCCAUUGACACAUAUUUCUGAGAUGCUCAGAGAAAUAGUUGAAGACCAGGCUCACUGGUAUGCACACUGCCGAGCAAGAAGUGGAGAAGCGCAGAACUGCACAGACCGCCUGGAGCAGCUGCCUAUGUCCUGCAGAGGCCCCUUUGAGAGCUGGUUUGUGCUCGUUCACUUUGGAGGAUGGGCUGACGUCGCGGCUGAGCACUUACUGAUGUCAGCAGCCGAACCCCCGGAAGCCUGGCUGUGGCUCUUGGCUUUCAGCUACAGCCCACGUGACAGGAGUCAGUGGAGAGCAGAGGCCAUGGCAGAGGGGAAGGCAGUGCUCAGCCGCCUCCGGAAGCUGUUGCGAAGUCCAACACUCUCAGCCAGGGAUGUGCACGCAGCAGCUGGAGAGCAAAGUGGGGACCCCAGACCACCCGCGUGCCCAUGGCUGAUCAGGCGCCUAACCCUGAACUUCUUGCUCUGGGCUCCUGGAGGCCACACGAUUGCCCGGGAAGUCAUAACCCUCAUGGCUCAGACUGAUGAGAUAACCCACGAGAUUAUCGGCUUCCUUGACCAGACCUUGUACAGAUGGGAUCGUCUCUGCAUGGAAGCCCCAACGUCAAGAAAACUGGCCAGAGAGCUCCUUACAGAGCUGCGCGUGCACGUCUAGCGCAGGGCCUUGGAACAUGUGGCUGCCACGCGGGGCCCAGGCUCACGGGGGCACAUGGUGAAAUGCUGUGUGCCGAGUACCCUCUGUGAGUGGUAACAAUGAGCCAUAAAUAUCUUGGCAAGAUCUGGCACUACAGAUUUUACAAAAUGAGAAGACAGGUCCUUGAGGCCAAACUCAGAUUUAUUCACGAAUGACUGGAUUAUGCCGUUAGCAUUCUCUGUACCUGCUCAACACGGUGUGAUUAGAGAAUCGCUAAAGGAAAGGCUUGGAUGGGAGAAAAGAUUUUUAUUUCCUUUUUUCCCCUUAUCACACCAAGAUGCACAACUAUUAUUUCAAUGUUUCAAAGUCUUUUGACCAAGAAAUUGGUCAUGAACCACUGAUCAGCCCAGAAAGUAACUGAGCCUUUUUCACAGACCUCUGUUUUAGAAGUCAUGUCAUUGGUGUUGGUCUUUCCACCUACAGAGCUCCGAGAUAAAGCCACACUCUCCUGGGUCUCUAAGAAAUUCUUCAGCAAGGAGUUCCCCCGAGCCAUCCCGUGAGCAGGCCAAGGAGAUGCCCAGAGGCGAGUGGCAGUGACAAGACCACUGGUCCCUGUUGGCACGUGUGCCAGCCCUGCUGGGUGCACUACACCACAGAGCAAUGAAAUAAAGCUGGUCCUGGUGCUAACUCUCUACCUUUGUAUUUGCUAAACACUGACUGCUACGAAGAGCUCAUAUCACGUCAAAGAUGGCUGAUGGGAGAGCACAGGACGUGCUCUAAAAACCCUGGAACAGAUUACACAUCAGUUGUCUUGUUAAGUGAAACGGGAACUGGAAAUUUCUAAUAAAGAACUGGUAACUCCAA